UUAAAAUACCAAUUAUACCACCAAAAAAAGAAAAACAGAGUAACCCCGUACACAGCGUUUUCGCGUCGGGGAGAGUGAGUCCCGGCGAGUUCAACUUUAACUCACUGACACGUUUCCCCUAUAUAUAUAUAACACUCGCAAAAGCAAAAAACACAUACAUAACUUUCUCCUAUUUGUUUAUUGUUCUCUCGAAUCGAACCCAGAAGGCUGUAUUGAAAUACCCAGUCGCGGUCUCGCACGGUCUCCGUCUUUGGAUCAAAAAAGGGGAUCGUCAAAGAAGAGAAAGUUAUGGGUUCGGAGCUGAUUUUCAGAGGGCACGAGGCCCAACCAAUGGCCGAUAGUUACUCGCCUAAGCCGCUGAAACCGUGGUUCUACGUGGCACGACCGAUUCGCUAUAUUCUCCGCGAACAGCGCCUCGUUUUCGUCCUUGUCGGCAUUGCUAUUGCCACCGUCGGUUUCACUUUCUUCCCCACCUCUCGCACGUCGCACGGCAACGGUUACGUGUCGAUCCCGAAUACCUUCGUGGAGCACGACCUAGCCCACUACUCCCAGAGGCCCUUGUACCAGCAGGGGGUCGGGUUAAAGACGUGGAAUUCGGGUGGGAAGAUUCCUCUCGGGUUGAAAAGGAAGGGGCUCCGGAUCGUGGUCACCGGCGGUGCGGGGUUCGUGGGGUCGCACCUGGUGGACCGUCUGAUCGAGCGAGGGGACAGUGUGAUUGUUGUGGAUAACUUCUUCACGGGAAGGAAAGAGAACGUUAUGCACCAUUUUGGAAACCCCAGGUUCGAGCUUAUCCGCCACGACGUCGUUGAGCCUCUGCUCCUCGAGGUCGACCAGAUCUACCAUCUCGCCUGCCCUGCGUCCCCAGUCCACUACAAAUUCAACCCCGUCAAGACUAUUAAGACAAAUGUGGUGGGAACACUGAACAUGCUUGGGCUGGCAAAGAGAGUCGGCGCACGAUUUUUGCUAACCAGCACCAGUGAGGUGUACGGUGAUCCUCUACAGCAUCCUCAGGUGGAAACUUACUGGGGAAACGUCAAUCCCAUUGGUGUCCGAAGCUGUUACGACGAGGGAAAACGUACGGCCGAAACGUUGACCAUGGAUUAUCACAGAGGUGCUGGAGUUGAGGUUAGAAUAGCUAGGAUUUUUAACACUUAUGGACCAAGGAUGUGCAUAGACGAUGGUCGUGUUGUUAGUAAUUUUGUUGCCCAGGCAUUAAGGAAACAGCCUCUCACUGUUUAUGGAGAUGGAAAGCAAACAAGGAGUUUCCAAUAUGUCUCUGAUCUGGUGGAGGGUCUGAUACGCCUGAUGGAAGGAGAACAUGUUGGACCUUUCAAUCUUGGAAAUCCGGGUGAAUUCACUAUGCUUGAACUUGCCAAGGUGGUCCAGGAAUCAAUCGACCCAGAUGCAAAGAUCGAGUACAGGCCAAACACAGAGGAUGACCCACACAAGCGGAAGCCCGAUAUCACAAAGGCUAAAGAACAACUGGGUUGGGAACCCAAGGUCUCUCUACGCAAGGGACUGCCACUUAUGGUCAAAGACUUCAGGCAAAGGAUUUUUGGUGACCACAAGGAAGGUGGGGCUACAACUACCAUAUAAGUAAAACUCGCCCAUAAAGUUGCCGUAAAAUUUUUAUACUGUUUUAGAGUUGGAAAAAUGGGGAAGCAAAUUGUUUGGGCGCUAGAAAAACUUAAAAAAACAAUACACAGUCUAUUUCCCUACCCGGAAAACAAAUACAAAAAGUAGUAGCAGCAGCAGCAACUUCCAUCAGAAAUAGCAAAGCAGCAGCAUUUGGUUCUCUAUGGGAUUUAGAUGUGAAGGAGUCCCCUUAUGGUAUUUGUUUCAUGUGCUUCUUCUCUCUGUAAUUUGUGUACCCUCCAUUAAGGUUUUUAUUAGACAGUGAGUCUUGUGAUCCUAAAAUUUAUUACUUCCACAUUAUUUUUGAUUUUUCA